AUGCUUUAUUCAUCAGUCCUUGAACAGCUUGCUUUUCUUUCUUGCUUUUUUAUUCAUGUCAAUCUCCCAUGCUUAUUUUAUUUUCAGACUUUUAUUCCUAUUUUCAUCAUCUAUAUUUAUUACACGUGCCUUCUUUUUUUUCUUUCUGUCUGUAUUUAUUUUUUCUCUAUUUCUCAUAAUCUCCCACCUUUGCUUCACUCACUCUUUCUUUCUUUCUUUCUUUCUUUCUUUCUUUCUUUCUUUCUUUCUUUCUUUCUUCAACUUCAGUCAUCCAAUCUUUUCUUACAUUAUUUUCAAGUCUUAAUAUUCAUAUUUUUUAUCAUCUCCCUCCUUUGCCUUUCUUGCUCUCUCUUUCUCUCUCUCUCUUUAUUUUUUUCUUUCUCUCACUCUUUCUUUCUUUCUCUCUUUCUUUCUUUAUCUCUUUCUUUUUUCUCCUUUCUUUCUCUCUCUUUAUCUUUUUCUUUCUUUAUCUCUUUCUUUCUUUCUCCUUUCUUUCUCUUUCUUUCUUUCUCUUUUUGUUUCUUUAUCUCUUUCUUUCUCCUUUUUUCUUUCUUCUUUCUCUUUCUUUCUCUCUCUCUUUCUUUCUUUCUUUUUCUCAAUCUUUCUUUCUUUCUUUCUUUCUUUCCGUAUUUCAUUUCAACUUAUCAUUCUCUUCUUAUUUACCCAUCUCUUUUACUUUCUUUCUCUUUUAUGUCAACUUAUUUCCAUACCCAGUCACUAUUUAUUCAUUUAUUUAUUAAUUCUUCUUUUUACUUUGUCCAUUUUUCAUAUUUUUUGCUUUAUUUUAUUCAACUUCUCUCUCUCUCUCUCUUUUCCUUGUUAUUCUCAUCGUAUCAUUUUCCACUUUAUCUUCAUUUAUUUUUUGCUUCCUAUUUUUCUACCAUUCUGACUUUUAAUUCCCAAUUUACAAACCAAAAAAGAGCUACCGUAACUGAUGAUAGCAAUGAUGUUGAUCACUGA